CGUACGUAACUUGUAUAGCUGUCUAGAGAUCCUACCGUAUCUUGCCUACCUUGUAUAGUUGUAGAUUGAUACGAUGGGGGACUGUUUCCUUGGCUUCCAAGGCGUUGUAAACCAUGCUAUAUAUAUGAGCUGAUCGCCCCCCUUUGAGAGGCGUCUUCCCUCAAUCUUGUUCUCGUUUAUAUGGUAUCAGCCUCCCGAUCCAAUCUAGCUUCCGCACACCGCCGUCAUGAGCGCUCCAAGCACCACCACGACAACCACGGGCACCCUCUCCACCACCGUGAUGCCCGUUGCCUCACCGGCCAGCCUCGCGGCCAAUGUCGCCAGCGUGAAAACGCACGUCCCGGUCAUCCUCGACCUCAAGGCCUCUAACUACUCCAAGUGGCGCAUGCUCAUCGGCGUUCUCCUCGGCCGGUACGAGCUCACCGACCACGUCGCCCAAGACACCCCAGCCGCGGACCGCACCGCCGAGUGGAGUCGCCUGGACUUCACCGUCCGCUCUUGGCUCUACGGCUCCAUCAGCGAGGAGAUCCUCGACAUCAUCAUGGCGGAGGGACAGACGGCGUUCCAGGCCUACGCGCUCAUCCGCAACCUCUUCCUCGACAACCAGAUGACCCGCGCCGUCUACCUUGAGGCGGAGUUCCGGGCCAUCACCCAAGGCGACCUCUCCAUCACCGCCUACUGUCACCGCCUCAAGUCCCUCUCGGAUGCGCUGCGUGACGUCGGCCAACCGGUGACCGACCAGACGCUGGUCCUCAACUGUCUCCGCGGCCUGAACCCUCGUUUCGCCGACAUCACGACCCUUGUCACCAUGCAGGUGCCGGUCCCCUCUUUCCUGCAGACGCGGUCGCUCCUCCUUCUCCGCGAGACUCAGCUCGCCCACACCUUCCAGCCCUCGCCGCAAGUUGCGAUGUACGGGAACGCUGCCGGGUCUGGCUCGUCCACUGGUGGUGAGCAAGGCAGCGGUCGCAACUCCGGGGGCGGCGGCGGCCAGGGCCGCUUCCAGAGGAAGAAGAAAAACGGGACCGCAGGAGGCGGUUCCAACUCGAACGACUCGCGCAGCACUCCGUCUGGCUCGCCGGGUCCUUGGAUUUGCUUCAAUCCCUACACCGGCCAAGCCCAGCAGAUGCAACCCAACUGGCGUCCCGUUGGAGGUUCGGCUCCCUCUGGCGCCCCGGGCCUUCUCGGGCCGCGGCCAACUGCGCCGCCGUCGCACCGCCCGUCCACCUGGGUUCCGCCUGGUCAGCAGGCUUACACGACCCAGCUCGCCCCGCUGCAUGGUCAGGCGUUCGGCACUGCUCCUCCAUCUCCAGGAACUACGUACGGGAAUACGUACUGGCAGCACGCUCCGGCCGCCAACAGCCCUGCAUGGGACUGCUCCGCCCUCGUCGCGGCACUGAACAACACUGCUGGCUCCUUCAACGCCGGCAACUGGACGAUGGACUCUGGCGCUACUUCCCACAUGGUGUCUGAUCCCGGACCUUCAAACCCGGCGCGAGAUCAUACGCUGCAAUAGCCCUGGACCCCUCUACGAGUUCUCCAGAAGCAACAGCUCACCAUCCUCCUUCGGCCUCGUCGCCUCCACCGACUCCACCGAGCUGUGGCAUCGCCGCUUAGGACAUCCAGGCCGUGACGCUAU